AAUCAUCAGGAUGAUGCCCACGUACCCCAGCAGUACCUGUCUAGUGGACGUGUGUGAGCCACUGUCUCUCCACCCACUAGGUAUAUACAUCGCCAAGUGUGAUAUUAUCGGUGUAUAUACUUUUAUCUCGUUAACACUCCCACACAGUGCCAACAGUAUUGGCACCUACGGUGCCUGGGUGCCUUCAAGCCUUAAUGUUCCUCAUGUAGUUUUAUAUAAGCCUAAAAACCCAGCUGACAGUGCCAGUCAUGCCUGUGGUGGUUUAUCUGGCUCUGGUAUGGGUGGUAGGGGUGCAGAGUGGGCCUAAUAACCAGUAUGUGGAUAUGGGCUACGAAUUUGGAGAAGACUCCAUGACUUGGCCCACCAGGAAACCCUUUGCCAGGCAGCAGCUAGCAAAGGGAUACACAGUGCCUGGGGAAUACUGGUACGAGUCUUACAGAUUUUGUAUGGCCGAGCACACUGGCACUCACUUGGAUGCUCCGUCUCACUUUGCUGAGGGCAAGUGGUCAGUUGACCAGAUUCCCAUCACUCAUCUCAUGGGACCAGGUGUUGUGGUAGAUAUUCAAAGUAAAGUAGAAAAUAACCCAAUUGCUGAACUAACUUCUGAUGAUCUGAUGGCAUGGAUGGAUGAACAUGGCCCACUUCCUGAUGGUGUAAUUCUCUUCGUGAGAACUGGCUGGGGGAAUAGGUAUGGUAACAAAACGGCAUACUUUGGCACAGAUACAAAUGAUACGAGUAAACUUAUCUUUCCAGGAAUCAACCCAGGAGCUGCACAGUUACUAAUAGGAUAUGAAGCAGCCACUGGGCGUCGGGUGUUUGGCGUAGGGGUAGAUACACCCUCUCUUGACUAUGGGCCAUCUACGCUAUUCACCUCGCAUGUUGAACUUUUCACAGCAAAUAUAUAUGGCUUGGAGAAUGUGGCAAACUUGGAGAAAUUGCCUAUCACUGGGUUCCAUGUGACAGUAAUGCCUAUGAAGAUUCGGGGAGGCAGCGGCGCACCUGUACGCAUUCUAGCAACUCUCCCUGAUCACAGCGCUACUUCACAAGCCAUUGCACACGCCUCUCUCCUGUACUUCAUGGCUGCUUCUUUCUCAUUACUCUGUGGAUAUUUAUAGAUUUUGUAAUAGUUGUCCCUGACAGUCAUUUUUGUACAGGAUUAACUUAAGUUACAUAUGUGAUGUUCCUGCAGCAGGUACAAUACAUUGCUACAUGUAAAGUAUGCCAACAUUGCAUCAGCAUGAAAUUUUUAUUUAUUGUACAUUAAAUAUUAGAAUGUCUUGUGCCUACUCAUUUAUUUCAAUUAACGCAUUAAAUAGCCUAUUGAAUAUAAACAUCCUUAAACACUUACUAUACUUAUAACUGACCCUCUGUACAUUUCAGGUAAUGGAAAUAAUUAUAUGUCUACAAGCAGUUGGCAGUGAGCAUGGCAUGCACAUUUGAUCGGCAUAUAGUAUGCAAAAUUGUCACAACUGGUCUUGCUCUAAAAUAAUCAGAAGAUUUUAGGAAGGGGACUGUACUACAGGUAUACAUAACAUGGGACUUCAUGCAAAGAAAAUACUGUACCAGGAAAGGUCAACCUUGUUAUACAGUUGUUUUAAUUUUAUGCUACCAAACGUUGAUGCUCUGAUUUUCUAUAUUUAAAUUCUCUUUUUUACUUUUAAGCAACGAACAGAUUCAUAAGUCUCAAAAGUCGAGAAUUCCUACUUUACUAUUAGUAUUGUAUAGGAAUUUAUUGUUUUUUAUUAUUAAUACUACUGCUGCAAAAUAUAUUAUUCUAAUUUUGUUCCUCAUUAUUGUAUGUACUGUAUUUUAUAUAAUUACAUGUAUCCUAUGGGAUCUCAAAUUUUAAAUAUGGUACUUGAUAUGUUGUGUAUCUUUAUACGUAUAUGCUUCUAAACUGUUGUGUUCUGAGCACCUCUGCAAAAACAGUGAUAAUGUGUGAGUGUGGUAAAAGUGUUGAAUGAUGAUGAAAGUAUUUUCUUUUUGGGGAUUUUCUUUCUUUUUGGGUCACCCUGCCUCGGUGGGUCACCCUGCCUCGGUGGGAGACGGCCGACUUGUUGAAAAAAACAAAAACAAAACCUAAAAUGUUUUCAAGAGAUACAUUUAUGUGAUAUUAGAUAUACAGUAAAUACUUUACUACAGUCAGUCUCAUGGCAGAUUGCUGUAGUUGAUUAGUUGCUAGUGGUAGAUUCAGGAAAUUCAGUUUCCUGCUGUAAUAUUUUAGUUUGUGUACAGUGCUCUGCAUAUAUUUAUGGUCAGACCCAACUUUUGCAAUUACAUUACUGUUAAUAGCUUACAGUACUACUUGUAUCUCUUGAAAUUUUUAUAGUAUAUGAUCAGUAAAGUAUUUUAUUAU